ACGUCAACGAUACACGCCACGGAGCUGAACAAGGCGACGUAAAGAAUCGUAGAAAAAAACAAAGGCAGGAAAAGCCAAGCUUGCUUCGAAAGAUAAGAACGUUUUCCAGUAGAAAUCAACCCGAGAGAGGAAAUUUAAACAACAUUUAAAAAUCAAGAAGACGGUAGAUUUAAUAGUCCGUGGUCCUAACAGAGAGGUGUAAUUCGGCCGCGGACGAAGAAGACGGGGGAGAAAAAAAACAAGCGCGCGAGAGCUUCGUAUCUUUUUCAAGCGGCCUCCAUUUUGUCUCCUCGCCCAGGCUGCGCCUCACGUGUCCCGGACUUGUCUCUCUCACAUGACCCUCGUGUUUGUCCCCGUGAUCAGCGCCGCCGUCUCCGCGUUUCAAGUGUUGCCGAAUAUCGCGUUUAAAAAAAAAAGAGAGAGAAUCGCUCACCUUCAUGGAUAUGCUCGAACAGAGCCUGGAAGCUCAGACGAGUCACGAGAAACAGGAAACUGAGGAGGUUGUUCAGUUGCAGGAAGGAGAGGGAGUGGGGGCGGAGGAACCAGCGGCGGUUACCAUAGCGAGCGCCCAGCAGGCCGCAGUAUUUGCUGACAAUGUCCAGUACCAGUUCCGCACAGAAAACAGCAGUGGGCAGGUGACAUAUCGUGUCGUCCAGGUAACAGAAGACCAGUUGGAAACAGCUGGAGAUGGAGGAGCUGCGGUCAGUGUCGUGUCCACUGCCGCCUUUGCUGGAGCCCAGCAGGCAGUUGCACAGGCUGUCAUCCAGAACCCUUUCAGUAAUGGAGGCAGUCCGGCAGGUGAGACGGUUGGGGGUGAGACACGUUUCGCUUACUUCCCGGCUGUCAGCGAUGGUACGGCAACCGCGGUUUCAGUGCAGGCAGCCACAGAUGCGACUCUUGCACCAGCAGCAGGUCAGUUUUACGUGAUGAUGAGUCCUCCAGAUGUGUUACAGGCAGGCACGCCACGGACCAUUGCCCCUCGCACACACACUUAUUCCACGAAGAUGGAUGGCCCGAGAGCACCACGAGACGAGAGGAGGAGAGCGCAACACAACGAAGUGGAAAGAAGAAGAAGAGACAAAAUCAACAACUGGAUAGUCACAUUGUCAAAAAUCAUCCCAGACUGCAACAUGGACAACACCAAAACUGGCGCAAGCAAAGGAGGGAUCCUGUCUAAAGCAUGUGAUUACAUUAGAGAGCUCAGGCAGAGCAACCAGAGGCUGCAAGAGAGUUUCAAAGAGGUGGAGAGAAUACAGGUGGAUAAUGAGCUCUUAAGACAACAGAUUGAAGACCUGAAGAAUGACAAUGCACUGCUCAGAGCCCAACUCCAACAGCAUGGCCUUGAAAUCAGUGGAGAAACCAUUUCGCAAUGACGGACAGUCACACACACGGAAUACACACACCUCCACAAAACCACCUCACAGACUUGAGAUGUUUGUUAACCUGAUAGAAUAAUAAUGGCUAUCUGAUAUUAACAGAAGUGAUCAGAGAAACUUUUGAACAAUAGUUAAAAAGCACAUCUACUGUUCCACCUGUGAGAGCUUGACCUACACGGACGCAGCAACAAACUGAAACGCAUCCCAAUAUGUGACGUAAACGGGCUUGCAUUGGACUAACUUGUCAUUUUUAUUUUUAUUUUUUUUUUUUUUAUUUUUUUUUUGAGUUUUUGAAUUGUGAUGAAUUUAAAUUCUCAACAAUGCCUCAUGAUCAUAUUGUUUAAAGCUGGGCUGGUUUUCCUGUUUUGUUUUGUUAUGUUUUUCCCUCCCCAAUGGAAUUUCUUCUGUAAUUAUUA